GGAUCACCCAGCAUGGCGGACUCUGCAUACUCGUUCAGUUUGACGACGUUCAACCCGUCGGGAAAGCUUCUCCAGAUUGAAUAUGCGCUCAAUGCUGUCAACAACAACGGCCACGCCACGCUCGGCAUUCGCUGCAAGAACGGCGUCGUGAUCGUGACGGAGAAGAAACUGCCCACGAUCUUGGUCGACGAAAAGGCGUACAAGAAGAUUGAGAGCUUGCAUUCGAGUGCGGGGGUCAUCUACAGCGGCCUCGGCCCUGAUUACCGUGUCCUCGUGCGAAAGGCGCGCAAGAAGGCACAAGCGUACUUCCUCAAGUACAAGGAGAACUCCCCGGCCUCCAUCUUGGUGCGCGACAUCGCUGCGAUCAUGCAAGAGUUCACGCAAUCGGGCGGUGUCCGUCCGUUUGGUGUGUCCCUCUUGUAUGCCGGGUACGACGACGAAGGCCCUCAAUUGUACCAAAUCGAUCCAUCGGGGUCGUAUUUUGGCUGGAAAGCGACGGCAAUCGGCAAGGACUCGGUGACGAAGAAGACCUUCCUCGAACGAAGAUACACGGACGACAUUGAGCUGGAAGACGCGAUCAACACGGCGCUGUUGACGAUGCGCGAUGGAUUUGAAGGCGAGAUGAACGAACACAACAUUGAAGUGGGUGUGAUCGGCGUCGACAAGAAGUUCCGCGUGUUGACGCCGAGCGAAGUCAAAGACUAUUUGGCCGAAGCGCAAUAAGCGUCGUCGACCCACAUGUGCAUCGACGACUCUCAACAUCGUUCAGGGCGUAAUCUCCCACUCGAUAACAUGGCUUGCAUCUCGCGUGCUAUCGCAGCGCCGUGCGUCGCUGUGGACUGUCGCUCUCUUUUGCGCCGCCAUGGCGUUCUUGCCGCCUC